GUGAACUCGUCUGUCCAGUAUGCCAUCGCAAACAGAGCACCACGUCGGAGGAACUAAACAUUUCGAAUGUCGUGUCAAUGGUUAUCCCAGGCCAACUAUAACCUGGUAUAAAGAUGGAAAAGAUAUUACCAAUAGCUCCCGCUACAACUUUGAUUUUACCAACGACGGAGUAAUUUCUCUCGUUAUACCAAACAUCACAGCUGAAGAUGAAGGACACUACAGGUGUAGGGCUGAGAAUUCUGAAGGUCUAGCUUCAACAUCCGCUUAUCUCCUCGUUCGAGAAUGUAGAGACGAUCGACGUGAGACAACCAGCAGGUCUAUCCACUCCAUGCAGAUUGAUGAACUCAUCGUCUACAGAGAGAGGAAGAAAAUCUCCAGAGAAAACAUUGAACAAACUUUUGAAACUUAUUUUGAGACAAAGGAUAAAGACAGUAAUAAAAAUAUAUAUGAUGAGAUGCAAAAUCAAAACUUGAAAUCGAUUGAAAAAUUAAUGGAUACAAAAUCGGAAUUGAUUUCCACAUCUGCAAAUAAAUUUGAAGAAGAGUCAAAGAAGAUUAGUGUUGACAUGAGAGAGAAAAAAUAUGAGAUAGCAGAAAAGGUGAAAUCUUCUACAUUAAUAAAAGAAGCAGAAUUACAAGAAAUCCAAGGUAAAGUUCCUGGAAAAGAUAUCUCUUCAGGUAAAACAUCAAGUCAGUCUUCCUCUGAAGAUGAGGGUUUAAUCCUGGAUAAUUCUUUAAUGUUCUAUUCUUCUAAAAAUGUUACAUCGAGCACUCUAGCAUCUCGAAACAGUUUGCAACAGAAUGAUUUGAAAGAAAGCAAAGAUGCAAGACUAAAGCAAAAAGAUUUAGAAGAUAACAAGAAAUCUACAAAGAUUGACAUUACAGAAUUGCAUACCACUGAUUUAAGUACUUGUACUGAAGAAAGUUACAUUGAAGAUGUUGAUGUGAUAGGAUCAGAAAGUGAAACUGGGAGUUCAGUUGAUUCUGUUGUCAGUGUAGACAUCGGCAUUUCUAAAGCCCGGUUCGCCCAAGAUGCAAAAAGUUCAAAUACCACUUCAUUUUCUGAAAUGGGUAAUGUUAUUAUGGAAGAAAAGAACAGUAACGUGCACAAAACUAGCUGGGUAGAAAAAUUAGAAACUAAUGAAAAGGCAAGUGUGGAUAAAUAUUUGGAAGACAGCAGACCUGAGACUAAUGAAAUAGAGUUUACUGACAGAUCUAGAAACCUGUGUGCAAGUAUGGAGAAACCUAUAAUCUUUCAAACAGAGGAGAAUGUAAAAAUGGAGGCAGGGAAAACCUUGAAACUACAAGCAAGAGUUGAAGCAGCCAUUAGACCUGAAAUAACAUGGUCAAAAGAUGGAGAGAAACUCAAGGAUGGGAAAAGAGUGACUAUGAUAACAGACGACGACGUAUAUAGCAUGACAAUACAGCAUGUUGAAGAAUCUGAUGCCGGUGUCUACCGAAUAACAGCGAUAAAUACUGCAGGGACAGUUUACUCAGAUUUUAUUGUAAAUAUAGUCGCUGCUACUACUACUACCAACUCAUUGGACGUGAGCACCAUUUCUGCUGCUCAAAGUCUUCAGUUUUCUAUACGUCCUGAUAGUAUGGCAGUUUUAGAAAAUGAAAGUCUCAAACUCAGUUGUGCACUAACAGAUCUAGGAAAAACAGAAGCAAAAAUAUCAUGGGAAAAGAAUGGGAAAAUGUUAAAGAACAGUGAACAUGUGCAGCUGUAUGAGACUCAAGGUAUUUAUUACCUUGAGAUUCCCAAAGCAAAAUAUGAAGAUGCUGGAGAGUAUAUGUGUGUUGCUGAAAAUAAUGAGGGAAGAAUAACAGCAACUGUUGUUGUUAAUAUUCAAGGUACUGAAAGUUCUGCAGUCAUAUUAGAUGAGCAAGGAGCUGAAGAUCUUUUGACCCAUGCAAUACCUUCUGCCAAUGAUGGUGCUAUUGGAUGCUCAUUAGAUUCAUCAUCUGAUGUAUAUAAUAAUAAUCUUUCACACUAUGCUAAACUGUUUGGCAUGGCAGCAGCAUUUUCCCUAGUUGCUUUUGGUGUGAAAAAAAUAAUAGAAAAUAUUAACAAGUAGACUAAACUAUAAUGCAAUGUUUUGUUCCUUAACUAUUCAAAAUAGCCUACAGUAAGAUUUUGAAAGCUGAAGCAAUUUUUUUUCUGUUCCCUUUUUAAAAUUGUUCUUAAUAGAUGUAUUAUGGUUUUAUAGUUCAGUUACAUCUUGAACACAUUGGUUUUAAACAGCACAUAUCAAUAAUUUUGAUUGACUUUUUUUUUCUUCCUUUACCCAAGCUUAAAUCUUAAAGUGAAGAAAUAAAGGUUGUAAAUUUUUAAUUUAACAUUUAAGAGUUUUGCAGAAAAAUAAGUUUUUUUUUAAUAAGAGUAUCAAAUUAGGUGUGGUUUGAAUAAUCCAUAACUUUUUAGGGUGUUGCUCAUUAUGAUGGUUAAGUGCAUUCAAUAUUUUAGUUAUUACCAGAAUACUGUUAUGCCUAUUGCAAUGUUAAGCCUACACUCAUCGAAGACUUUCAUAUUUGUGUAUAAUUUAUUUAUUUUAAAGACCUAUUUAGAUAUAAUAAAAAGUGUCAUGCAUGAAUAAUAUCUGCCAGUGGCGUAGCGAGGUUGGGUGUCACCCGGUGCGGCACCUAAUGGUGUCAACCCUAGUAGGAAACAUAUAUAUAUAUAUAUAUAUAUAUAAAUAU